GAACGUCAGAAAAUCUUGUAAGAAAUUAAUGAUAGUUGAAGUAAGCGGUACGGGGAAACGGGAAAAAGACUGGACAAAAGUGAAGGCUAAAGGAAAAAUAUUAGGUGGCAGAAAUACGUCGAUCCUGUUGUUCAUUACAGUUUGUUGUUCAACGUUGCACUUUCGUUAUAAAUUUUCCGAGAGAAUACACAUCCUAUUUACGGAGUUAUGUCAAAAACAAUCCUUUAUUCCUGAUGGUACAACAAAUUGUGAACCAGAGUUUUGUUGUUUCGCAUCCUCCGUGGAAGUGGUUACCAGGAAACUGGAAAUAGGUAGUCUACAGUCAAUUGAGGGAAGAUAAGAGAUCGGAAAGUGUUGAGCCAUUCUGAACUGGAGACAAGUUCCAGUCUCAGUUUGGGCUGGUUCAGUUGAAGUCCACUGUGAGCUUUGUGUCGGAAGUGAAAGUCGGCGGAGGAUUUUCGAAGUGAGAAAAUGCGGACAAUAAAAAGGUUUCGGAAAUUUUUUCGACUUGAACAUGUCGCACUGCUGCUGGUUUCCUUGUGGAGUGCCGUACUUGCGGCCACCGAUCAGAUUCCGUCCGUUCCCACGCACAACAUGUCCAACAAAGAGCGAAACGAGCUGAGGGAAGAAUCGAGAGAAAUGUUCUAUCAUGCGUACCGGGCGUAUAUGGAUAAGGCCUAUCCAGCGGACGAAUUAAUGCCACUCAGCUGCAAUGGAAGAUAUCGAGGAAUUACGCCGUCCCGAGGAGAUCUUGAUGAUGUGCUGGGGAAUUUUUCUAUGACGCUGGUUGAUACGCUGGAUACGCUAGUCAUCCUUGGAGAUCUGGAGGAGUUUGAGCACGCUGUUAAGCUGGUUAUUAAAGAUGUGAGAUUCGAUAAUGACAUCAUUGUUUCCGUGUUCGAAACUAACAUCAGAAUGGUUGGUGGAUUACUGUCCGCCCACAUACUGGCAGAAUACGUACAAAAACAGGCGGAUGUCAUGUUAUGGUAUCGGGGUGAGUUACUCGAAAUGGCCAAAGAUCUCGGAUUUAGACUACUGCCAGCUUUUAACACGUCAACAGGAAUUCCGCACGCUAGAGUUAACCUAAAAUAUGGUAUGAAAGUGGAAGCAUUGCGCCACUCAAGAGAAACCUGCACUGCUUGUGCGGGUACAAUUUUAUUAGAGUUUGCCGCACUUUCGCGAUUAAGUGGAGAACCAAUAUUCGAAAUUAAGGCGCAUAACGCGAUGGACGCGCUGUGGAAAAUGCGCCACCGGAGCUCGGAUUUGAUGGGAACGGUACUAAACGUCCAUUCCGGCGACUGGAUCCGACGAGAGUCUGGUGUGGGUGCUGGAAUAGAUUCCUACUACGAAUACUGCCUUAAAUCGUACAUUCUGCUGGGAGAUGAACGCUAUUUAGCGCGGUUUAAUCGGCACUACAAUGCUAUCAUGAAAUACAUCAGUCAAGGACCGAUGUUGUUGGACGUCCAAAUGCAUCGACCGCACACGAAAACAAGAAACUUCAUGGAUGCACUACUAGCUUUUUGGCCUGGUCUCCAAGUACUUUCUGGGGACCUGAAACCAGCCGUUCAGACACAUGAAAUGUUGUAUCAAGUAAUGCAAAUGCAUACUUUCAUUCCAGAGGCAUUCACGUACGAUUUUCAGGUCCACUGGGGACAGCACCAUUUGAGGCCAGAGUUCAUUGAGUCAACGUACUUUUUAUAUCGGGCAACAGGGGAUCAUUAUUAUUUGCAGGUUGGUAAAAAAGCGCUAAAGGCAUUACAAAAACACGCGAGAGUACCCUGCGGCUAUGCGGCCGUGAACGACGUACGUACAGGGAAGCACGAGGACCGAAUGGAUUCCUAUGUACUCUCGGAGACUUUCAAAUAUUUGUAUCUGCUAUUUUCUGAUCCGUCGGAUCUGCUGUUGAACAUAGAAAAUUUUAUUUUCACAACCGAAGCACAUCUACUGCCGUUGACUCUCGGGCAAUUAGGCAAUCAUACGUUUAACAUUAAAGAGCACGAGGAAAACAACAUGCUUGAUUUCAUGCGGUCAUGUCCUAGUCCAAACAAGUUAUUUCCUGAAACGGUUAGACGUCCCCUUAGAGACCUGGUUACAGGAGUAUGCCCGCGUAUAUCAAGUGCCAAAAGACUUAGAGCGGCUGACUUUCAGGCAAGCAAUGCAGAUCAUCUACGGACAGUUCAUGACAUGGGUAUUACGAUGGUUUCUCUAGGCGAGGGAAAGGUUCAGCUUUUGCAUAGUUUUUACAACGCGAAAUCCCCGGAGGAUGCUGAGCGUGGUCUCAUAUUCAUGCAGGAGAUGGUAGAGUUGUCAAAAUCGAACACAAUUCCAAAAACACAACUGCAGGCAGUUUCAUUCCAAUCACAAGGCGAUUAUCAACAUAUUCUCAAAGCAGGGCCGAGCCAUUUUGGGCCUGAACUUACGGGAGAUAUGGUGAUAACGCAGCGAGGAGUGUUCGUUAAUCCAUCGAAAGUCUGCACAAGUCUGAAAAACGGCCGAGAAUUGAAUGGCAAAAUUGCGAUUGUCGAACGAGGCGAUUGCACCUUUGUUGAUAAAGCACGCAGAGUUCAAGCAGGAGGGGCGAUGGCUGCCAUAGUGUACGACAAUACUCCUAACACUUCGAUCGACAAUCAACAAAUGUUUGCAAUGUCUGGUGACGGUAACGAUGACGUAAAAAUCCCAGUUGUAUUCUUAUUCACAAAAGAAGCCGAAGUGCUGAUAACUGCGAUUAAGGCCGAUCCAGACCUUGAGAUAACGCUGAAACCGUUGCUUGACCCCAUGGAGACUGAAGAGUUAGCGAAACAGGACGCUCUGUCCCAAAAACAAAGCAAGACUGAGUCGGCGCAAACCUCCAGCAGCGGAUCGAAAACGGCCCCAUAAUAUCGAAGGAGUGGGUUUGCUGUGGGUAGACAGGAUGCAUUAUUAACACAAUUAAUUAAACAAACGGCAUACAAAUCAAGAGUGUGUGAAAGGGUUAUAAGUGCAGUUUCCAUGCUUAAAUUUCUAUCAAUUCAAAGUGACACAAUUGUUGGCAGAGUAUAAGUACGAUGUGAUGCAGUUUGAUUGUUGUUUAGAGAUAAAAGUGCAUAGUUAAGGUUAGUGUACUAAAUUUUUAUCAUAAGCUAGGGAUAGUCGAGCCAACUGGAGUCGAUUUGUUACUCAUAAUAGCUAAAGCCAUUAGAGAAUGUUCGUACUGAGCAACAUAUCAGCUGGUUGACUGACUUAUCGUUUUCUGCACGAGAUUUGAACAGCAGGUGUGUCUACCUGAGGCAAGAGCUUCAAAACUGUGCCGAGCGAAAAUGCUCGUUGUAAAUUAGCUGUAAAUAAUUUCUAACAAUUUAGAAACACGAUAUUAGGAUAAGACUGCCACCACUGCUGACACGAAAACAAUGUAAUUCCAAACUACUUCAGCAGUAUCAGUCCUGCUGAAGGAAAAAAAACAGAUUCCACGUUCAGCAGCAAGCGAUGUAUGUGAGUGUGUAUAUAAACGGAACAAUGAGGGGGUUGCUAUUUUUUAUAAAGUCUUCUCAAGCAUCGAAAUAGCAAUCACUAGUUAGUCACAAUCAAGAUGCAAUAUAAUAAAGAAUUUAACUAAAGAAAUUAGAGAGAAAAAAAAACAAUAGUUGUGAGUAAAGAAGAUUCAAUUGCCUAUUAGAUCAAGCGAACUCUUAAUACACUGUUUCUAGUUUUGUAAAUAAAAUGAAAAUGUUUUACGAAAAA